AUGUCUUUCAACGACGUCUUGGAAAUCGAAAGCAGAGAUAUUAAUUUGCGCAAAUACGAUUCUAGCCAAAACUCAAAAGAUGAUGUUGGUCCAUCGUCAACCGCAUUAAGAGAGAAUAUUAGUGAUCUGGAAAAAAGAGUCGUGGAGAUUCAAGAAAUUUUAAAGAGGACGGAUAUUUCCGGCGAUCUCAAAUCCUUGUCAGACGCUCUAAGAAAAAACACAGAGAACAUCGGUGCGUUGGAAAAGAGAGUCGGAAAGAUUGAAGUCUUGGCACAAAAAGUCACCGAGAUCGAUGAAGUUUUGAAGAAGAAUAAUACUUCCGGCGAUCUCAAUUCCUUGUCAGACGCCCUAAGAAAAAACACAGAGAGUAUCGAUGUUUUGGAAAAGAGAGUCGGAAAGAUUGAAGUCUUGUCGCAAAAAGUCACCGAAAUCGAUGAGGUUUUAAAGAAGAUUGAUAACUCUGACGAUCCCAAUUCCUUCGCCAAUUCGAGCAACAAUUCUGAUUCUUUGUCAGACGCCCUAAGAAAAAACACAGAAAGUGUCGGUGCUUUGGAAAAGAGAGUCGGAAAGAUUGAAGUCUUGUCACAAAAAGUCACCGAGAUCGAUGAAGCUUUGAAGAAGAAUACUUCUGGCGAUCUCAAUUCCUUGUCAGACGCCCUAAGAAAAAACACAGAAAGUGUCGGUGUUUUGGAAAAGAGAGUCGGAAAGAUUGAAGUCUUGUCACAAAAAGUCACCGAGAUCGAUGAAGUUUUGAAGAAGAAUACUUCCGGCGAUCUCAAUUCCUUGUCAGACGCCCUAAGAAAAAACACAGAAAGUGUCGGUGUUUUGGAAAAGAGAGUCGGACAGAUUGAAGUCUUGUCACAAAAAGUCACCGAAAUUGAUGAGGUUUUAAAGAAGAUCGAUGCCUCCGGCAAUCGCAGCACCGCCGAUUCAGGCAUCAACCCUUUAAUAAAGAAGACACCCAUUGAUUCCAACCGCGAUGAUUCUUCAGUCUGUCAACGAUGUCAUUCUACUAAACUUGAUGGCGAAUGGUGCUCCUCCUGUGAUCCUCAAUAUUUUAUUGAUAAUUUUUCUAGCUGGACUAGUGGUAACUCCGACGUUAACCGUUUUAUUCAAAACACCCAACGUAAUGCCUCCAACAAAUUUAAUUUCUUGGAGUGGAUUCCCUAUAAAAGUCUUAAAGACAUCAAGCUCAUAGGUAGCGGUGGUUUUGGAACGAUUUAUUCCGCAAAGUGGAUUGACGGGCCAAGAUCGAAGUGGUUGGCAGAGACCAAAGAAUGGGGAAGAUAUGCAAAUGUCUUGGUGGCCUUAAAAAGUAUUACACUUAAAGAUUAUGCUACACUUUUUGAUGAGUUGCAAUGUUAUCUGACCUCAAAUAAGAAUGUUCUGGGCCGUAUUAACACGCUUCGUAUCUAUGGAAUGACGCAAAACCCCGAUGAACCUGAAAAUUACAUGAUGGUCAUGCUACUAGCCGAUGAUGGUGACUUGAAUAAGUAUAUAACCAAAAAAUUUUCCGAGUUAACCUACUUUAAAAAGCUCGAAAUACUCUUUGAUAUAAUCACCGGAUUAUUGCAAAUUCAUGAAACUGGCCUUGUGCAUCGGGAUUUGCAUCGCGGAAAUGUCUUGUGUCAACGGUUUGUAAAACUAGAUGAAGGAAGGGAUGAGUAUAGAUUUGUGAUCGGAGAUUUAGGACCGAAGGAGAUACCAGAUAUUCCGAGAUCUUACGAUAUUCUAAUGAAAAAAUGUUGGGAACCCAAACCUGACAAUAGACCAAGUGCUCGUGAAAUUUAUGUAACGAUUGGAAUAUGGUUGCAGAAGUUAAAUUUUGCACAACACACAGGAAUCUCUCAAGAGUUUCUAGCAGCAGAUAAAAAACGAUUGGUUGAGUUAUCAUUACACUCGGGUGAAAGUUACCGCAGCAAGAUUUACCACACAGUAAAGCCUAAGGGAUUUUCUCCAAUCGCAAAUG